CCUAGUUGAUGCGCCUUUAUACAUGGAUGCGCGCGUAUCUUCAAUUUCAUUGAAGUAUUAUGCAUUUUGUUUAAAGAACAACCAUUACAUGGUGAGACUUCACUUUGCUGAAAUAGGCUUGGAUAGGCCUAAAAAUCCUAGGAUCAAGAGAAGUAGAGUUUUUGAUGUAGAAAUCCAGGGCAAGAAAAAAGAGAAAAAUUUCAAUAUCGAAGCUGUUGCAGGGGGUGUGAAUUUGAACGCAACCCUGGAAUAUAAUGACGUUCAUGUUCGUGACAACCGAUUGGAGAUUCACUUGUAUUGGUCCGGAAAAGGUUCACCUUUCGCACGUUACCGUGGUCCCCUAAUAUCAGCUAUUUCCAUAUCACCCGUUCCUAAAAGGCAUCUGAAACUUUCUUCUGCAAUCAUCGUUGGAAUUGUUGUAUCUUCAAUACUUGCUGUUAUAUUAAUCUUAGCUCUCUUCUGGAAGUUCGGCUGGCUUGGUGGAAAAAAUAAUAAGAAUGUCGAACAAAAAGGUAUCGAGCUAUUCCCUGGAGGGGUUUUGAACUUCCAACAAAUAAAAGCAGGUACUAAUAGUUUUGAUCCUAAGAACAAGAUAGGCCAAGGAGGUUUCGGGGAUGUCUACAAGGGUGUGCUACGAAAUGGGACUAUAGUAGCUGUAAAAAAGCUUUCAGCGAAGUCCAAACAAGGAGCCAAGGAAUUUAUAAAUGAAAUUGGUACUAGUUAUGCUUUGCAACACCCAAAUCUCGUAAGGCUAUUGGGAUGUUGUGCUGAACAAAGCGAACUUCUAAUUGUCUAUGAGUACAUGGAAAAUAAUUCUCUUGAGCAGGCAUUAUUUGGUUCGGCAGAAGUCAAAUCCAGACUAAAUUGGCUGAUAAGAGUUAAAAUUUGCCGUGAUGUUGCGAAGGGGUUGGCUUAUAUUCAUGAAGAAUCUAGACUUCGAAUUGUUCACAGAGACAUAAAACCGACAAACAUACUUCUUGACAAGGAUUUUACUGCCAAGAUAACAGAUUUUGGAUUUGCCAAGCACAGCAAAGAGGAGAAUCCUCAUGCGAUUACACGCAUAGCAGGAACAAAGCACGACAAAGAGAAGAAUCCUCAUGCUAUUACACGCAUAGCAGGAACAAAGGGGUACAUGUCACCUGAGUAUUUGCAAGGCUUCUUGUCAACGAAAGCAGAUGUCUACAGCUUUGGCCUUGUCACACUAGAAAUUGUUAGCGGGAAGCAAAUUUCAACUUUUAGGGCAAAGGAUCAGAAUAUUUACCUUUUGGAUAUAGCUUAUGAUUACCAACACCAAGGAAAUCUUAUAGCUCUUGUUGAUCCAAGCCUAGGAUCUGAUUACACCCACAACGAAGCUCUAAAAGUGUUGGAUUUAGCAAUGGAGUGCGUGAACCCAACUCCCAAGCUUAGGCCAUCAAUGUCUAAAGUUGUGAAAGUUCUUGAAGGAAUUGUAAAAAAUGUAGAAGCAAAAUGGAAAACAAAGACUUCCUCUACUGGAAACACUUCUUUGGGGGAUGAUUCUUCAAUGGCCAACCCCGAUUUUGCUUUCUCUCAUUCUACUCAAUCAGCUGGGAGUACAUGCCAAGAAGGUGCUUCAGAUACAAUCAUUUGUCCUUCAACAAGCAAAGAAAUUGACGACUCCAGCAACUCGGACGAUUAACAUGCCAAGGCUGGAAAUUAACCAGGAAUCACUACCAUGGUAGUCUUCCCUUGAGCAUUUAUAAUCCUAAUUUUUGUGAAUGACAGCAUUCAUCAUGCAUUAUUGCAUUGAAGUGUCUCUGCAGUUAGCAGAUUAUAGUAUUUAAGCUACUAAACAAGCCUUCAUAAAGAUAUUGGCUCAUCUAUGCGUGGAAAUGAUGCAAAUUAUUGUAUGCUAUCUCAAGUAUAGCCAAUAUUAAU